CGAAAAAUGUCUGGUGAUUAUUGAGACAUUCGAAACGCAAUUGACAACAUGAACCGACUGAUUUUCCUCGCCGGCCUCCUGCUGGUGCUGGCCGUCAACGGAGCCCCUGAAUCGCGUCAGGCCAGCAUGGGCAUCCAGGUGUGUUACGGGCCUGGCAAUUGCCAGGUGGAAAACACCGGGGUGGUCCUCGACUAUCGCUGGACCGGCUGCGCAGACCCGUACAACUGCUACUCCAAUCCCAGUCAGAGUGAAUACGAAAGCGGAUGGGGCAUUACGUUCAGUAACGGCAAUCAAAUGACAUUGGCCAACUGGCCGUCCAACGGGGCCAGAACGUUCCUCACCAGCGGACAGAAUUCGAAUCAGUAUCGCAUGUUCUACCUGCUCAACAAGGAGCUGUCGUUCGAAGUGGAUGUGACGGCCUGCGGCUGCGGCAUGAAUUCGGCCUUGUAUUUCAUCUCGAUGGAGAGCGACGGCGGCCAGGGCAGUUCCGGCUACACGGGCGCCACUUACGGCACGGGCUAUUGCGACGCCCAGCCGGCCGAGCCCGGCCGCCCGUCUUGCGACGAGCUGGACAUUUGGGAGGCCAACAGUUUGGCCAACGUCUACACGACCCACCCGUGCCUCAACGGCCAGUGCGACCCGUACGGCUGCCCUUUCAACACCUACGCCCGCGGCGACAGGAACUUUUACGGCCGCGGCCCGUCCUUCCAGGUGGACAGCACCCAGCGGUUCACGGUGGUGACCCGGUUCGUGACCGUCGACGGAACGGACAACGGCGACCUCAAAGAGAUGCAGCGCUUCUACAUCCAGAACGGCCGCACCAUUCAGCAGCCGUACUUCAACGGAUUCAACAGCCUGUCGGACGGAUACUGCAACUCUUUCGGCCUGUCCAACAGCCAGGGCGGCGUCUCUUACGGCAUGUCGCAGGGCAUGAGGAGGGGCAUGGUCUUGUCCAUGUCCAUGUGGGGCAGUCCCAGCGAUCCCAACAGCAUGACCUGGAUGGACAACGAGCCUAAUGGGCCCUGCCCGGUCUACCAGAACCCCAAUCCUUACACGACAUUCGGCAACAUCAAGAUCGGACCCAUCGGUUCCACCGUUUGAUUGCAUAUCGUUAUAGACAUGGCUAUACAAAAUAGAAUUACCAGCAAAAUAUACAUAAUCCAAAAUGCA